AUGCUAAAUAAAUUUUUGGGAUUUUCAUCUAUGCUUGUAAAAAUGACAAGAGAGAGCAAGAUUUAUUUUAAUUUCAAUGUUCCUGGUUCAUAUAAUUACAUUUAAAUGAUAAGAAAAAUAAAAGACAAUACCUAAUCAAAAAAUAAUGAGUAGAUCAAUAAUCUGAUAAAUGAAUUUUAAGGAUAAAUUGAAAACUAAAAUCAGCAAGCAGAAUAAUAUUUUAGUUAUGGAAAAUUAUAAGAUGCAUAAGUUGUCUUAAAAAAUAAUAGUAAAGCGCUUUAAGAUUUACUUUAGGAUAGUAAAUUUGAAGAGUAACCAUGCUUUGAAAAUUUAUAUCUGACAAGUGCAAAAACUAGUUUACUCCUUGGAGAUUGUUACAUAAGAUAAUCUAAUUUUGAUUUAGCAGAUUCAUCUCUUUUACAUUCCUUAAGUGUUUUAUAAAAUAUGAAUUCUAAAAAUUUAUAGGUAUAAAUAAAUCUUUUAGAUGCAUAUAUUCUCUUAUAUUAAUUCAAUUUAUAUUCAAUAUUUGAUGAUAAAUAAUUAAAAGAGAUUGAAGAUAAAAUUAAUGAUCUAAUGAAAUAUUCAGAAGUAAAUGAAGAAUUAUCAUAAAAAUACUAAAUAUUUAAAAUGAAAUAUUUAGAAGAAGAUUAAGAAUAAGUUGAUAAAUUAUUCAAGCAAUUAAAUAAACAAAAUUAAUCAUCAAUAGAUCUAACUAAUUUUUUGAUGAAAUAAGCAAUGAAUAAAGGAAAUUCAAAAUCUGCACUAUAUUACUGUAACUAAUUAUUAAAUUCUCUUGUCCAGAACUAAGAUCCAAAUCAUUAUUUAUUUGAAGCAUCUCUAACUAACUAUUUUGCUUUAAGUAGAGAAAACUAAGAGUAAAUCUAAUAUUAAGAUUUAAUAUAAAAAAUAAAAACUAAAUACUUUAACUAAGGAUUUGAUUCAUUAGAUAAAAUACUAUAUUUUGAGGAAAUAUUAAAUUAAGGUUUAUAAGUAUUAAAUAAGUAAUAAGAUAUAGAUUAAGUAAAAUUUAGUAUAUAUUUAGAUAUAAAACUUAAUUAAUAAAUUAGAGAUUAUAAAAUUUACAACUGGAUCAAAAUAUCAUAGAUAUGCAGUGUUUAUGUUACUGGGGUUAAAAAGAGAAUUAAAAGUGAUUUAAUCUCAAAUUAUUUGA